AUGAGUAGACUUGUCCAUACUACUCGUUUACCUGUGCAAGGCAUGACUUGCCAAUCAUGUGUACGUGCUAUUACAAAUGCUGUUUCAGAGCUGGACGGCGUGGAUGCUGUUCAUGUUGAUCUGGAGGCUGCUGCUGCUACAAUCACUCAUGACGCCUUGUUAUUGACAUUUACUGACCUAAAAAACUGUAUUGAAGAUUGCGGAUUCGAUGUUGAGAUCACUACCAUCACAUUGCCUGUCCUUGGAAUGACGUGUCAAUCCUGCGUCAAUGCCAUCACUACUGCCCUUUCUGAUAAACAAGGCAUCAUAUCCGUGCAAGUCGAUUUACAGCAAGAAGAGGCCACGGUUUCAUAUGACCCAAAGCUGAUGGGAACACCAGACAUUGUGGAGGCGAUAGAGGAUUGUGGAUUUGAUGUGAUUAUGAGCAACACAGAUGUCUCUCAGCAAACGCAGAUUAAACCACCACCAUCCACAGCAAACAAGACUCAAACUGCAACUACGAAAGAAAAGCUGCUACACGACCCAAUGGCCACAACAACAUCAGCAAACACAGUGCAAUUGGAGAUUCGCGGAAUGACUUGUGCAUCUUGUGUAACUAGUAUAGAAAAGGCCUUGAAAUCCCACAAGGGCAUUUCCUAUGUGAGUGUGGCACUCUUGGCCGAAAGAGCUACGGUUGACUAUGAUCCACUCUACGUGGUGCCUAACACCAUAGCCGACAUCGUUAAUGACGCUGGUUUCGAGGCAAAAGUGAUCCAGCGCAAACAAGACGAUUUACUGCAAUUACAAAUCUACGGAAUGACAUGUGCUAGUUGUGUUGCGGGCAUAGAGGGAGGCCUCAGAGCGCUGCCUGGUGUCAUGGAAGUGUCUGUCAAUCUAAUGACUGAAACAGCAAAAGUCAGAUUCAAUUGUCAUAUCACACAUCCAAGAGCCAUUGUGGAGGAAAUUGAGUCACUUGGAUUCAACGCUAUUCUCGCCAAUACCACCAAAGAUGCCCAGUUGGAAAGCUUAUCCAAGGUGCGAGAGAUCAAGGAGUGGAAAAUGGCAUUUACUGAGUGCCUGUUCUUUACUGUGCCCGUUUUUUUCAUUGCUAUGGUGCUGCCUAUGUUUAGCUGGAGUCCCAUAAUCAUGGAGAUCCCCUUCUUUGUGCCCGGCGUGUUCCUGGUGGAUGCUACUCAAUUACUGCUGACAAUCCCUGUGCAAUUUGGUGUAGGUAAGCGGUUCUUGCGAUCUGCCUAUGUCUCUGUUCUUCAUGGUGCGCCAACAAUGGAUGUGCUGGUCUCUGUAUCCACCUUGGCUGCUUUUGGUUUCUCUGUCUUGUCCAUGUUGAAUGCGCUUGUUACGCAAGCAAAGGUCGCGCCUACUGUCUUUUUUGACACUUCCACUAUGCUCAUCACAUUCAUCGUUCUGGGUCGUUAUCUGGAGAACAAAGCCAAAGGCAAAUCCUCCUCUGCCCUCUCCAAGCUGAUGUCCUUGACCCCAUCCACUGCUUUGAUGGUGACUGUAGACGAGAAUCAUGUUGUCUUGACAGAACGCAAGAUUCCCUCCGAGUUGAUCUCUGAAGGCGAUUUGCUCAAGCUCGUUCCAGGAGACAAAGUGCCUGCUGACGGCGAAAUUUUCUCCGGCUCUACGACAAUUGAUGAGAGCAUGGUUACGGGUGAAGUUGAUGCUGUUCCCAAGAAAGUGGGAGAUACUGUCAUUGGUGGCACUGUGAAUGGAUUGAGCACAUUCAUCAUGAAGGCCACGCGUGUGGGGGCUGAUACUGCGCUUAGCCAGAUUGUGAAGCUUGUGGAAGAUGCUCAGGUCAGCAAGGCGCCUAUACAAGGAUUCGCAGACACAGUCGCAGGCUAUUUUGUGCCUACCGUCAUUAUGCUGGGUUUAGGCACUUUGAUUGUUUGGAGUGUGCUUGUCAAGUCGUUAGGUGUGGAUCAUUUGCCUGCAAUUCUGCAAAGGGAGAUCUUGAAUAAUGGCGAUGGCGGUUGGUUCUUUGUCUGCUUGAAGCUCUGCAUUAGUGUGAUCAUUGUUGCUUGUCCCUGUGCUUUGGGUCUUGCCACGCCAACAGCUGUGAUGGUAGGCACUGGUGUAGGCGCUGAAAAUGGUGUUCUGUUCAAGGGAGGUGCUGUCUUGGAGAAUGGCCAAGCUGUCAACAAGAUUGUGUUUGACAAGACAGGCACGCUCACAUGCGGCAAACUGGAUCUAGUGGAUUCAAAGAGCUGGAGUGGCGUUGAGGAGCAUCGCAUGCAAAUGCUGAUUAUGUCUGCUAUUGCAGAAUCUCACAGUGAACAUUUGCUGGGCCGUGCUGUGGUUGCUACUGGAAAAGAACUGACUGGAUUGGCUGUAUUGGACGUUUUAGCUACUGUUGAUAACUUUGUCAGCGUCACUGGCUUCGGCAUCUCGUGUGAUAUUACAUUGGACCACGAAUUGCCUCUUGACUUGAACCCUGUUGUAAGAUCUUGCUUGGCGCCUUUGUUGAACACAUCACACACACUGGUCAUUGGCAACAAAAAAUGGCUGGAAGAGCAUAAUGGCAUUGGACUUUCUGAUGAACAAGAAGCUGCCUAUCAAGCACAAGGCUCUUUGGGCAGAACAUGUGUUCUCGUUGGCAUCGAUGGUCUCCCCGCCGGUUAUAUUUCCCUGUCGGAUGUGGUGAAACGUGAAGCAAAGCAAGUUAUUGUUACAUUGCAUGCGAUGGGCAUCCAAACUGCCAUGGUUACUGGCGAUAACGAGUUGACUGCUCGCUGUAUUGCUGCUCAAUUGGGCAUCACUGAGGUGCAUGCUGGUGUGUCUCCAAACGGUAAGACGCAGAUUGUCAAGAAGAUGCAAGAACAAGUCUUUGCUCGCAAGGAGUUGCCCUGGUGGUCUCGUCUUAGAGUCAGCAACAGUAACUCGAAUCAAUACUUGCCUCUUUAUGAGAACAGUACUCGCAAGGGUAGCAAGACGGUCGUUGCCAUGGUAGGUGAUGGCAUCAAUGACUCACCUGCUCUGGUUGCUUCCAAUUUGGGUAUCGCAUUAUGCAGUGGUACAGAUAUUGCUAUGGAAGCCGCUGAUGUUGUCUUGAUGCGCAACGAUUUGACGGAUGUUGUUGCUGCUUUGGAUCUAUCAAAAGCCAUCUUUCAUAAAAUUCGCAUGAAUCUUCUCUGGGCAUGUAUAUACAACUUGAUUGGUAUUCCACUUGCUAUGGGUAUCUUCUUGCCUUGGGGCUAUCGUCUACAUCCUAUGAUGGCUGGUAUUGCUAUGGCUGCAAGUUCUACAAGCGUGGUCCUCAGUAGCUUAACAUUGAGAUGGACUUGGAAGCGACCCACAUUGGAGAAUUUGGAUGAUUUCGAGUACAGCUCCUCCAAUGAUGCCGCAGUUAGAUUGUCCUUGUUGGUGCAUGAGUUGAGAGAUGAACAAGACAUUGAAAUGGCGUUGCAUCCGGCGGACGGGGGCAACUCCCCUACUGCUUCUGUCAAUGAUAUGGAGCAUGAUGGCUUAUUGAAUACUACAAAAAAACAUGCCAAACUCUCACUCGUAGAUAAAAUCAAGGGUGUCUUUUCCAAGAAGCCAAGCUCAAGCGAAUACACAGCUGUGCCUGCUGAAGACGAUGAUUUUUAA